GGCGUUUUUAAGAUUUAUUGCGUGCUGAAUCGAUCCUGGUGGGCCAGGAAGAAUAUUAGGACUGUCUCUCUCCAGGACAAUAACAAUUCCUCUGCUUCCAAAAAGGAGUUCUUGCCUUUCCACAUUCCGCAGCAAUCCGUCAUAGAUGUCAGAUUCUCCUGUACAGAAUGGACAGGGCCAAGCUCCAGUCAGCCGGGCUGAUGAAGUACAAAGUCUUCUGAGAGCAGUUGAGGGUCUCCUCAUCCCCUUCAUCCGGUCCGCAGACGAGAAUCCCUUUCCCAGUUCGAAACAGUAUACCAACGGCGUCAAUGGAUGUCUUCAACGGCCGGGCACAUCAUUGGUGGAUUUCAAAAAGCCCCAGGAGCUGCAGGAGAUUCUGCAGCUGAAUCUACCGGUGAAAGGUGCGCGGCAAGAGGGUCUGAUUGAGGUUCUUCGAAGCGUCCUGCGAUACUCCGUCAAUACAUGGCACCAAGGCUUUCUCGAUAAGCUGUAUGCGUCGACGAACGCUCCGGGCGUUGCGGCGGAGCUUAUUCUGGCGGCCUUGAACACAAACGUGCAUGUCUAUCAAGUCUCGCCAGCUCUAACGGUUAUUGAGAAGUACACUGGGAAGAAGCUGGCUUCGCUGUUCGGUCUCAAUGGUCGCUAUGCGGGUGGCAUUUCCGUUCAAGGCGGAUCUGCCUCCAAUACGACUUCCAUUGUCAUCGCACGAAACACUUUGUUCCCGGCGACCAAGGAAGAUGGAAAUGGUGGCUAUCGGUUUGUCCUUUUCACCAGUGCCCAUGGCCAUUACAGCAUUGAAAAGGCUGCACAGAUGCUGGGGUUGGGCAGUCGAUCCGUCUGGUCUGUUCCUGUUGACAAGACAGGCACAAUGCUUCCAGAGGAAUUGGAGAAGCUCGUUCAGAAAGCCAAAAAUGAAGGGAGAACACCUUUCUACGUCAAUGCCACAGCUGGUACGACGGUUAUGGGUUCAUUUGACCCCUUUGAUAAAAUCGCUGCGAUAUGCAAAAAGCACAAGCUCUGGCUCCAUGUCGACGGAUCAUGGGGUGGCUCGUUCGUUUUCUCUGAUCGUCAGCAGCAUAAGCUCGCAGGUGCAGAGAAAGCAAAUAGCAUUGGAAUCAACCCACACAAAAUGCUUGGUGUGCCAGUGACAUGUUCUUUCCUGCUGGCCGCAGAUAUCCGCCAGUUCCAUCGUGCCAACACCCUUCCAGCAGGUUAUCUUUUCCACAACGAGGACCCCGAACCAUCAUCGUCCAAAAAUGGAGAUUCAUCCAUCCCCGAAGCUGAACUGGCCGUAGAUUCGCCUGAAGUCUGGGACCUAGCAGAUUUGACUCUGCAAUGCGGUCGUCGGGCAGAUUCCCUGAAACUUUUCCUGAGUUGGACUUACUACGGCUCCGAAGGAUACCAGAGACAGAUCGACUCUGCCUGCGAAGUAGCUGCGCAUCUGGCCACGAUAGUCGGUGAAAACCCCGAUUUCAUUCUCCUCAGCGAGAACCCCCCCCCUUGCUUACAGGUCUGUUUCUAUUACGCUCCGGGGAAGGAGUUCCUCUACCCGCGCGGCGGCACCACGUUAGACGAGCCCGAACGUGGAAGACAGAACAGCAAGGUUACAGAGCAAAUCACGCACGCUCUCGUGAAUAAGGGAUUCAUGAUUGAUUUUGCUCCUCCCAGUGGUGACGAAGAUGCAGUUGGAAACGGUAAAUUCUUCCGUUGCGUGGUUAAUAUCCUGACAACCAAGGAUACGGCUGAAGGCCUCGUGCGGGCCAUUGAAGAACUCGGUCCGGGCAUCGUCCAGAACUUGAAAAAGACAAGCUCAUCUUGAAAGUGAGAACGAGAAAAGAACAUAGUGACUUGAUCAAAGAAGUCCAUGUGCCAUGAUAGUUCAACUGUCUCACCUCAUUUUGCGGUUUUUAUUAUAACCAACCGGGUCUUCUCCCGGUUCUCCAGGGUGAAAUUUAUGCACUGACAUUUUCACAUUUGUGUACAGAGAUUUUGAAUUUCGCGCCGUCUUGGAGGUUUCAGUCUUACGGUUGGACAUGAGUUAUGCAUUCAUAAAAUUCCCUUAUACACGACAGACAGCUUGGAUAGCUUUUCCAUGAAGCCAACGUGCUUACGGAGUACAUCUCGC